UAUCUCUCAGUCGCAGCACAGAGGACUACAGAUAAAGUGUGUUUAGUCGAGAAGAUACUCCAGGAUCACUCACACGCAGCUACUACUCUCUUUGCUCUAAGGAUAGUGGAUAUUUUAUGUACAACAUGACAUUUGAGGAACUAAGUGGGGAUUUUUCUCAAGAAAGAAUGGAUUCAGUGGCGAAAGCUUUGGAAGAAGUCCUCACCUCGGCGUUACCACAAGGCUCCAUCACAGUGGGAGUCUACGAGGCUGCCAAGUCACUCAAUGUGGACCCUGAUAAUGUGGUUUUGUGCAUCCUGGCCACUGAUGACGAAGAUGUGAAAGACGUGGCCCUGCAGAUCCACUUCACCCUCAUUCAAGCUUUCUGCUGUGAGAAUGACAUCAACAUCCUGAGAGUCAACAACACCCGACGGCUGGCAGAAAUACUGGGUGGAGGAGGCAAACAGAGUGGGGGUGAACCUAUGGACCUACACUGCGUCCUGGUCAAUAGCCCACAUUCUACGUCAUGGAAGGACCCGGCGUUGAGCAAAGUGAACCGAUUCUGCAGAGAGAGCCGCUGUAUGGACCAGUGGGUACCCAUCAUCAACCUGCCCGAGCGAUGAACUUUUAGCUGUGAAAAACCUGUGAAAAGGACUUGUAUCUGCACAGUAUGAGUGGUGUGAACCCUGAUGGACACAAAACCACCCAGAGAUCAAAAUUCCAAAGCACUGCUGACGGGGAAAGAAAAAUUUGGAGGAAAAAAAAAGGACCCCGCAGUCUACGUGGGAUGUAUUUAAAAGAAGAAGAAGAAAAAAAGACCAAAGGGGGAUGGAUUUCCUCUUUGGACAGGACUGUUUGGAGUUGCGUCUGUCAGCCUUCGCAACCAAGAUGAGAUGGCGAGGCACUUGUAUCGUCGUCAUGAGGUGGAAAUUUUAGAAAAAGCAUGUGAAGCCGGACACUGUACUGAAGGAUUACAUCAUGUAUGUUUGGUAAAAGCUCUGUGACGUGUCAGAGAAGUGGGGAGAAACCAGAAAUUGGAGCUGUUGAGUGGACCAAGGCCUCUCUCUGCAGAAACAAAGCACUUGUUGAAACACUGGACCUUUUUGCAAUUUCACUUAAAAUUGUUAAUGUUGUUGUUGCUAUUGUCCUAAUUUAAUUUUAAAAAAAGGGAAGGGCUACACAUCCAGUGAAGACAUUCUGUGUAUUUAGUGUUUCCUAUGCCAGCUGGGUUUUUUUGCCACAAGUAAAAUAAUUCUUUUGUUACAAUUUAAGUUAUUUUUAAUGAUAUUUAAGUGUAUUUAUGUUUCAUUUUUUUUUACCUUAACUAUUUGCAAACUCUGAAUACAUAUGUAUUGCUGUCAAUAAAAUGUAUUUUUUUUUGGAAAGC